AUGGUUUCAAAAUCACUGUGCUCUCACCUGAGUUUACCUACUGAGUUCGUCAGUCAGUGGCGUUUGGGAAAAUGUAACUUUUAGUUGGGUGUUUAUUUUAAAUUCUUGCUGUGACAAUGAAUAAAGGAGGCAAGAGAUAUUUUAAUAAGAAGCAGAGCGGAAACUGGUUCGUUCACGCUGGUUUGUCUCGGACUGGAUGUGGACAGUCACGUGAUCUGUGUACGAGCACAGGUUCAAUGUUGACACAUGGAGUUCCUCAACCCCUGACUCAAACACAGGAUCGAUAUCCCAAAUUAUUCAUCAAUUCUGAAAAGAAAACAAUGGGUAGAGAAUACCCCUUGUCAGCGCAUGAUAACCGCACAGCACUGCAAAACACUAUACAUGUGUAUGAUCGGGGUUUAGGCCGUAAGAAAUGUCUUGAAGAGCAUCGCCAGCAUAACACUCAUCUCUGCCAUCAUUAUGACACCUUGAGUCCGGUUAGUGCAGCAGCAGCCCAGUGGGAGAACUCAACUUAUCGGACCGACUUCCUGCCCAAACAGGAAACAGAGGGCAGAAAGGACCCAGUCAGAAGGCGCUUUCCCAGAGAUCACUCGGCGAGGUCUCAGAUGAACGCUAAGGCUCACGCCGGGGAGAGUUUCAUGUGGUUUGGAAGGGACGACUCUAACCAGUACACUCCACUAAGUGUACUAGCAGCCACCAACCACUCCCUAACUCCCUAAAUAAGACAAUCAGAGAAGAUCUGACAGUUUAUGACACUAAACAUGAUGCUCUGGGCGGGGGAAUUUCUGAGAGGCUGCUCACUGCAGAGCCAUGGGUGGAGCGUGAAGUCCUAGAUGUAAUUUGGGAGCUAGAAGGUCCAACCACACCACAACCCUACCCAUAACUCUUUCCCUCCACCCAUUAGAUCCACAGAGGUGGAGCUGGGCGUCUUUGUCUCUGCAGUGAGUAGCACCACUUGGAAUUUCCUGGCAAGUGUCAUUUUCUGAUUUUACCAGCAGAGGUCAGUCUCUCUUUUUUAGUCUGUCUGUGCCACUCAACUGGCAUCAUUCAACGUUAUAUUUGCAGUGUUACACAUUUUGACAUGUUUCAUUCUGUAAAGAAGAGCAUCAGUGUUGAAUGCAUACCGUAUAAUAAGAAAAAAUAAACAUUUCCAGCCCA